AUCCAAAAAUAUACAACAAUGAAAAAUUUCUCAGUUUUUCUAUUCGUGUUUGGUCUUUGCAUGCUUGGUCAUGUAUCAGGAGCCGGAAUCAGGAUUGCGAACGAACUCAAAUUCAAGAAACUCCUAUGGAUGAGAUGCUAUUCCAAAGAUGACGUUUUAGGUCCAAGAAUAAUACCAAUCGGACAACAUUUUACAGACUACUUUAGCACUAACUUUUUGGGUACGACACGUUUCAUGUGUACUUUGAGACAGGGGCCAAAUUAUAGACACUAUCAGAAUUUUACAGCGUUUAAACUUUUUAGUCAUACGGAUCAUGGAGGCCUAUGGGACUGGAGAGCUAGAGAAGAUGGGAUUUAUUUAAAGAAAGAAGGUGGUUUACAUAUUAGGAAUCCAGUUAAUAUGCAUAAAGCUUAUGAUUGGAUAUAUUAAAAACGUUACGAGUUUGUCUUUACGAUUGGAUAUAGCUACUUGAAUCUAUCUUUUAUGUUUAAAAUCUUGUAAGAACUCAUUUGUGAUUCAUUUCAUUGUUUGUAAAUGAUCUGUAAGAUCAUUUUGUGUUGUUAAAACUAUACAAAACUUCUA